AUGCAGCGGAAAGCAAUAAACGCCCAUGCAACAACUAACAAUGCCGUCAUCACUGUGCUGAACCACAUCAUCCCCGCGCUUCCCAGAGCGCUCCCUAACCUCAUCGAAGCUAGAGUAAAGCCAACAUUGGGGAAAACGAAACUCCACCAGCUGAGAUGGAACCUCCGGUCUGGCAUACCCACCAAGACAGCAACUACAGCCGACGCAAAGAACCAGAAGCUCAAUCCCCAAAGAAAGACUGCGACGCAAAGAGCCAGCAGCCGCAUCGCUGCACCCAACAUCUGCACUUCCGUUCCAUCCAACCCUUCCAGGACGGCCUUAAUCCCUCUAACAGCAGGCCCUGUAUCCCCCGCAAGUUCUUCCAGCACCCUUGGCAUCUCUGCUGCCAUGGCCACAAACACCGAGCACGUAAAACUUGGAGGCCCAACGGCAAUGAACAUACCCGGUCUCUGCACAGGCAGCCCAAAAGCCAUCAGCCGCGACAGAUACGUCGCGUAA